AGCCAUAGCUGGAGGUUGCUCUUGUGCCAAUGACCUUUCCCAAUUCCUCCAAUAUCACAGAAGACAAGAUGUGUGAAGGGAACAAGACCACCAUGGCCAGCCCUCAGCUGAUGCCCUUGGUAGUGGUCCUGAGCACCAUCUCCUUGGUCACAGUGGGCCUCAACCUGUUGGUCCUAUAUGCUGUGCGGAGUGAGCGAAAGUUACACACUGUGGGGAACCUGUACAUCGUUAGCCUCUCGGUGGCAGACCUGAUUGUGGGAGCUGUUGUCAUGCCCAUGAACAUCCUCUACCUCUUCAUGUCCAAGUGGUCCCUGGGCUGGUCACUCUGCCGCUUUUGGCUUUCCAUGGACUAUGUGGCCAGCACAGCGUCCAUUUUCAGCGUCUUCAUCUUGUGCAUUGAUCGCUACCGCUCUGUUCGGCAUCCCCUCAGGUACCUGAGGUAUCGCACCAAGACCCGAGCAUCAGCCACCAUCUUGGGGGCCUGGUUUCUCUCCUUCCUUUGGGUCAUUCCAAUUCUGGGCUGGCAUUACUUCAUGCCGGGGACACCAGAGCAGCAGAAGGACAAGUGUGAGACGGACUUCUAUGAUGUCACCUGGUUCAAGAUCAUGACAGCCAUCAUCAACUUCUACCUGCCCACCUUGCUCAUGCUCUGGUUCUAUGCCAGAAUCUACAAGGCUGUACAGCAGCACUGUCAGCACCGGGAACUUAUCAAUGGAUCCUUGCCUUCCUUCUCUGAAAUUAAGCUGAAGCCAGAGAACCCCACAGUGGGGGCCAAGAGACCAAGGAAAAAGUCUCUCUGGGACAUUCUGAAAAGGAAACCAAAAGUUGCUGGUGGUGGACCUGUCUUGAAGCCACCAUCCCAAGAGGCAAAGGAGAUGAAAUCCUCAGAUGUCUGCAGCCAAAAGGAGGAUGAAGAGGAGGACAAGCUCCAUUCUGUCUCACUUAAUGUUGUGCAAACACAGACUGAGGCAGAGGAGAAUGGCAGGGACUAUGUAGCCAUCAACAAGAGCCUGACCCAGCUUGAGAUAAAUGAGCAGGACCUGACCAUGCACGGAGCCAGAGAGAUAUCAGAGGAUCAGAUCCAAGAUGAUUGCCAGUCCUUCUCUCCGACAGACUCAGACACCCCUCCAGAGUCAGCAUUAGGGAAAGACAAAAAAAAAAGUGUGUCUAGUGCAGGCCUCAAUUAUAUCAAGUUAACUUGGAAGAAGCUCCGCUCACAUUCGAGACAGUAUAUGUCUGGGUUGCAUGUGAACCGAGAACGGAAGGCUGCCAAACAAUUGGGUUUUAUCAUGGCAGCCUUUAUCCUUUGCUGGAUUCCUUACUUCAUCUUCUUUAUGGUUAUUGCCUUCUGCAAGAGUUGUUGCAAUGAACAUGUGCACAUGUUCACCAUCUGGCUGGGCUACAUCAACUCCACACUGAACCCCCUCAUCUAUCCUUUGUGCAAUGAGAACUUCAAGAAGGCAUUCAAGAAAAUUCUGCACAUUCGCUCCUAAGGGAGGCAACAGUGGAGGUGCAACAAACUGUUGCUUAGGAUGUCCUUGAAGAAAACUGAGGGUGAAGGCCUGCGAAUUGCCAGGUACCUGGGCUUUCUGGAAUCAGAAGAACAGCCUUAGGGGCUGGGUUGUUUGGAAAGAUCUUAGGCACUACUGGAAGAACUGUAGAUGGCAGCGGUCAGCAGAGAAAGUACUCUGAGUAUGAAGUAGAGCAUUUCCAAGAGAAGCGAAACUGAAUGACUGUUCCUACUCCUCAGGAAAUGUGGGAGCCCCAGACUCUCAUUUUAAUUCAAGCUUCCAGACUUGAAUUAACUGGCAAUUGAAGGGACACAUGGGUAGAGUUCCCCUGGAGAAUCAGACAGAACUCUAGAGACCUCCUGGAAUGGAGCUAUAUGACUAUGCAGAGACCUUAC